AUGCUGGCAGAUAAGACCCCAAGCGUCUUUGCCACUCCACAGCGCACUAAACGACAGUUGGGUGCAGAUAAUUCCAUGGCCGCACUCACUCCCUCUGCUUCUUUGGUUGUCGAGUUGCGUCGCCAACUGAGAGAAGCUCAGUACGCACUCGAGGAUCGUGAACGAGACCUGCAACUAUCUGCAGAAAUUGGUCAGUCGCUUCUUGAAAACAAUGAGCAGCUUAAACAACAAUAUGAGCAGCUGAUGACUUCUCAAUCAAUCAUCUCCAACACUAUAGAACCUAUAUCUGAAUCAUCUGAAUCGACAUAUGAUCCAUUACUUGUUCAAGUAUCAACUCAGUCAGCUCAAAACCUUGCACUGAAACUUCAAACACUUGAAUGUGCUCAUAUCGAUUUACAAUCCCAAUAUGAAGCUGCAUUACUGGAUCUUCGUAAAUCAGAAGAGUCUGAUCGGCAGGCUCGAGCUUCUUUAAAACGACUCGAGGCUUCUCACGAUUCGCUCCAAUCUGCCAUCCAAGAGCUUUCAGGCGAAUUAGAAUCCAUGCAAUUGGACAAAAAACGGUUACAAUGUGAAAAGACCGAUCUGCUUUCUAAAAUACAGGAGUUGGAAACUACUGCUUUGCAUGGUGGGUCAGGGAGUGCAUCUGCUUAUUCAAAUACAUUGAAUAAACUUCGCGUCGCUGAGCAGCAGCUUGAAUCUCUUUCUUCAGCAUACCAGGAUCUUGUUCGUCAGAGAGACAUUCAUGCUACAACAGCAGCUGAUUUACAACUUCGUUUAGAGGAGACUGAAACAAUGGUGGAGGAGUAUCGAAGCUACCGAGAUGAAAAUGAACAACUUAAAAUGCUUGCAGAUCAAAUCCAAUCCGAUCUAGAACAGUCUCGUGAAUAUGCUCAAACGCUUCGUGCUCGUCUCGCUGUUCUCUCUCCUUCACUUGAAACUGGUGAAUACGAUCAAGGCUCCAAAACUUUAUUAAGCGAAGUAGAUGACCAACGUAUUCACCUUCAAGACAUCAAUUCUCAUUUAGAGUCACGCCAUGCAUCGCUUGUUCAAGUCCAUUCUAUGUCUUUGCAUCAUCAGCAGCGUAUGAAGUUACAUAUUGCAAGAUUAUCACAGGUUGCUGGACAGCAGAGUUCUGAAUCGCGCAUUCGACAUCUUGAACAGGCAUUAGCACAGACUGACAGUGAAAAAAAAGAAUUGCAGAUUCAGGUGGCUAAACUGGAGCGAGUAUCGAGUUCUGCUCGACUGCGAUCUGAUGAAGACUUUUUGCUGGCUCAAUUAGACCAUGAUAAAAACACUAUACACAACAAGACACACUCGGAUGCUCAAAUGACUGAUUUUAUUGCCGAUCUCAACAAGGUUAUUGCAACACUUCAUUUGCGUGUCGAACAAGGAGAUAACGAAGUGAGUGGAUUGAAAAGAGAGCUGCACACUUUGCAAUUGAUGAAAGGGGCCGAAACUGACCGUGCUGCUAAACUGAGGGAUGAAUUGGUUGCUCAAUGCUCUCAAAACGAUCAGCUACGUGUUACUACCGCUCAGCUUGCAUACGAACUGGAUACGCUAAAGCUGAAUAUUGAAAAGAAACCUAUCGAUGAAGUAGUGGAAGAGAAGCCUGUUUUGAUACAUGAUAGUCCUGCUCAAGCGUUUUCUAAUGAUUCUUUGGCUGAGUUGAAUAGACCUGUUUCAUUUCAAGAACAUGCUGAUGAAGAUCAAACCCAAAAUGCCGAUGCCUUGCACAAUUUUCAAGAAUCAAUUAAAAAGAAUCACGACUUGUUUUACGAUACGCCGUUACCAGACUGCUCUUCACCAUCUUUUGAAACAGCUGCCUCACUCCAACCAUCAGACGUACGUAAAAGUGUGAUUGAUCGUAGCAAAGUAAAUGAAUGUAAUCAACAGUAA